AUGAACAAGAACAUCUCCGGUGAUUAUAAUCUAAAUGCUGGCCUUGAAAGUCAAAGGGGCGAGGCAAAGUAUAUCCAGCUUGAUAAACUAUUCAUGGAUCCCACCUUCAUCAUUGAGAAAGCCCUGUUUGUUGAAGUCACAUUGUCUGAGAAAUGGGGAACAACUUGUGAGUAA